AUGGUGAAGGAGCUCCGCCGCAUCGACAACGAGGAACGGCGCCGGAGCUGCUUCCGGAAGCGCCGCCCCACCCUCUUCACUAUGGCCCGCGACAUCUCCGAGGAAUUCGGUGCCCACGUCGCCGUCGUGGCCUUCUCCCCCACCGGCGAGGCCCACGCUUUUGGCGGGCCCACCGUGGACUCCGUCCUCCGCACCCACCUCCCUGCCGAUGGGGCGCCUCCUCACCCACCAUUCCCUUCCCUCGACGCCGCCGCCGAGACGGCGGGCCAGGCCGCCGCCCGCGUGGCCGGGAUGAGGCGGGACGGGGAGGAGACCAAGGCGCUGGUCGCCAAGGAGUGGGCGCGGGUGGCCGCCACCAGGGAGAAGGUUAAGGCCGCGCAAGCGACCGCGCAGAAGAAGAACUGGUGGGAGGUGGACGCGGAGGCCCUCGGGGAGGAGGAGCUGCCGGUGUUUAUCAGGGCGCUCGAGUUGCUCAAGUCCGAUGUCAAAGGCCGAGUCGACGUGGUGACAUCAGCCCGGCUGCCCCUGCCGUGCAGGGAGAAGCAGCAGCAGUAG